GAGAGCAGUGUGAGCCGCAGUCCGCUCGGAUGGUAUCUCACUCGGUGAGCCCACAAAUUUGGGAGGUGUGGUAGAUCGACGUGCCAUGCUUCGAAACGAGCCGUUCUCGUGCUCUUGGCCUCGCCCGACGUCGCUUACUGUACGCUGCAUUUUCGAUCCUUCUUGGGCUGGUGUAGCUCUUUAUCUGAGGCCCUGGCCAACUCAGACUACUUUUUACUAUCAGCAGAUAUGACCAUCAUGAAAGGACUCCAAAGUUUCCUUGGAGGUCGGAAACAGCCCUCGAGCCCGAGUCCUGCGAUCGACAAUGGACAGCAUCGCACCGACGACAAGGAAGCAGGCGUUGAGAUGACUGCAAGCGCGAAAGACGACGAUGAACAACGCCCAGAUGAACACGCGCAGCCCGGUGUACAGAAAAUCGAGGCUGUGACUUUGACCUGGUCCAAGAAUGCGGUAUACCUCAUUCUAGUCCUGAUCUGGUUUCUCACCUUAGUCAAUAAUAUGAAGACCAGCAUAGUGUACAGCCUGACCCCAUACGCAACGAGCUCCUUUGCUGGCCAUUCGCUGUUGACUGUCAUCGGUAUCGUUGCAUCCUCCAUGGCUGGAGCAGUCUACAUUCCUAUGGCCAAAGCGCUCGAUCUCUGGGGUCGAGCCGAAGGUUUUCUCGUCAUGACGGUUUUCUGUAUGCUCGGAAUUGUUCUAUUGGCCGUGUCAACCAAUAUUCAGACCUACAGUGCAGGAGAGGUCUUCUACACAGUCGGCUUCGGAGGUCUAUCAUACAGCUGGGUCGUUCUCGCAGCGGAUGUGACCAGCUUGCGGAAUCGAGGUCUGGCGUUCGCUUUCACAUCUUCUCCGGCGAUCAUUUCUGCGUUUGCUGGCUCGAAAGCCGCAGCACAGGUUCUGCAUCUCUCGACUUGGCGCUGGGGUUACGGAAUGUGGGCGAUAAUUCUGCCAGUCUUUGCUAUGCCAGUUUAUUUCUUGCUUUCCUAUCACAUGCGCAAGGCGGAAAAGAAUGGUACCCUCGUGCGAGCGAAGAGAAAUUGGGCAGUCAAUUUACAAUCCAUUCGAUGGGUCGUGGUGGAAUUUGACUGUAAGUGGCCAUCCUCCUCGUAUCGCACGUCGUGUUUACUGAUGUACGCAUACGAUAGUGCUGGGCGUCAUCCUCUUCGCAGGUGGAAUGGUCGUCUUCCUCCUUCCAUUCACCCUCGCCGCAACUGCACCAAAAGGCUGGAGCACCGACUAUAUUAUCGCCAUGAUCGUGGUUGGCUUUCUCCUCCUCGCAUCCUUCACAGUCUACGAGAUCUUCUGGGCACCGGUGCCCUUCUUGAACCACAAAAUCCUCACCGACCGGACUGUAAUCGGAGCCUGUGGUCUCAAUUUGACCUACCAGAUCUCCUACGCAUGCUACGCCAGCUACUUCUCCUCGUUUCUCCAGGUUGUGUACGAAGUCGAUGUGGCUACGGCGGGAUACAUUGGCAACAUCCUCAGCGUCGUAUCUUUCGUCUCCCUCUUCGUCUCUGGCGCUCUCAUUCGAUGGACUGGACGCUUCAAAUGGAUCUUAUGGAUUUGCGUGCCACUAUAUAUUCUUGGUCUGGGCCUGAUGAUUCAUUUCCGCACGCCGGGCGGGUACAUUGGCUACAUUGUCAUGUGCGAAAUCCUCUUCUCCGUUGCUGGAAGUGUCUUUAUCCUCUGCUGCCAGUUGGCGGUUCUGGUCUCGGUCGAUCAUCAGCACGUCGCCGCGGUUUUCGCAUUCUUGUUCGUGGUGGGUAGCAUUGGUGGUUCUAUCGGAAGUGCCAUAUGUGGUGGCAUCUGGACCAAUACUUUCAGCUCAUCUUUACGGCACAAUUUGCCCGCAUCGGAUUUGCCGAACUU